AAUCGUCUACCGGUCGCCGCUGCGUCAGUGCGCGUCCGUCGAUCGUGUACGGUCCGCGAGUCUGUCUUGGCGUCCGUCUGCUGUUUGGCACCGGUGGCCUAGUGCGCUCUCCGUGCGAUUCCGUCGCGACGUUUUUCGCGUGUGCGUUUCGCAUGUUACCGUCGACCGUUCAUUAUGAUUGUCGUUAUUGUCAUCCGUUAAAAAUCGUAAUAUUAUAAUAUUGUUUUCCGUCCGAGGAUAUCUGCUGCACCGACCCCCCCCCCCCUCCACGUGCCAUCGUCGUAUCCGGUGUCCGUCGCCUCGCGCAACGCAAAAGUGCCGUUUCGUAUCCGCAGUCGUCUUCGCGCGGUGCGGCUCUGUCCGUAUUCAUCUAUGUACGGCUAAGGAGCAAAUGGCCGCCGAGUGGCCGACCUUAGCCGUCGUUGUUGUGCUCGCGUGCCUCCUGUUGCCGACCGGCGGCGACGGCGUCCGACCGCGGGACGACGACGGUCAGCAGCAGCCCUCGUGGUGCCAGAGAGAAGAAUGCAAGUGCGAGCAGGACGACGAAAACCGCUUGACCAUCAAGUGCGCGUUUUCCGGCGAAAAGGACAUGAUCUGGGAACCGGACAAGAACAUGAACAAAUCGUUGGUGGUGCUGGAGUUGAACGGCGACGGCCUGUGCAAUCUGACCGUAAACCACAAGGUGCUCGUGUCGUUCGCCGGUCUUCGGUUGUUCAACGUGAGCGGGUUCGACCGGGCGACGAUCCGGUCGCAAGGGGUGCUGGCCAAGAACGCCCGCACAAACUUCACGGUGAACAUCAGCCAUGUCCGUCAGCUGUAUCUGGACACGAAUGCGUUUCAUCCGCACGACGGCACGGUGGACGUGCUGGUGGAGGACUGCGACGUGGUCCGUCUGGGCAGCGAGGUGGUGUCCAAGCUCCGGUCGUUCGUGUUCCGCCGGAUCCGCGUCCUGGACUUGUCCCAGAAUACGUUCAAGAACGCCGGCACGGGUUCGUCGAUCGAAAAGAUGAUAUUGGAAAACCUGAACGCUGAAAAAUUGCCCUCGUACGCGUUCUACACGCCCAUCGAUAUUCUGUCGAUCACCAACUGUACGUUCGGCACGAUCGAGCGGAAAGCGUUUCCGAUCAAUGAAAUCGGCAACGCGACGCUUACCAACGUUACCGUGGAUCGGGUGGAGGGCGAAGCGUUCCAAAAUUCGACACUGAUCUCCAAUCUGCGAAUGACCAGAUGCAUCAUCCGGGAAAUGCAGAGCCACGCUAUCAUGUCCGUCGUGCAGAGCAUAGUCAUCGAACAGUCCAAGUUUGAAUCGGUGGAAAGCUCGGCCGUGGCGGUGGCCACAGAACUGAAGUUAUACGGCAACACUUUCACGCGGGUGGCCGGCCGCGGGUUCGUACUGCACAACUUGCACGUGGUACUGGUGCACGGCAACACGUUCGAGGAGAUCGAGGCCGAGGCGUUUUACGAGUCGACCGCGUUCAGCCCGGAAACUGGGUCAACCACAAAGACGACGUUACACGUCAGCGACAACAGUUUCCUGCAGUCUCCGGCCGGCGGCAAGUGGUCGCCUCCGGUCCGUCUGCAGAGGGCGGCGUCCGAGACGAACAUCACCGGCAACACGUUCGUCGGGUCAUGCGGCUGCGGCCCGUGGCGGUUCGUCGAUGUGGCCGGCGGCGACAACAGUACCGAUGACGACGACGAUGACGACGACGAGUUUGCUGACCUCAACUACUGCCGGGUAAACGUGGUUGGAGCGCAGUGCGCAAACCUGACGGGCGCAGAGCUCGACCACUUGCGGAUCACGGAGUUCACGACGGCGGCCGGGUGCGACCGUGACGCCGGGACGGCGUUCAACCGGUGCGUCCGGGACCGGCUGACCGGGGCGCGGGAUGGCGGCAACGGUGGUUAUCAACCGAUCGACUAUCUGACACCGACCGCGGAACGAGGAGUCAUCACCACGGUGGUGCUGUUGGUGCUGUGCGGUUUCGGUGCGGUGUGCGCGGUGAGCGCCGUCACCUGGCUCAACGCCCGCGGCUACUUCAUCAAGCUCCGGUCACUGCUCACUCCGAAUGGUGGCGGCGGCAGCGGUGGCGGCGCCGGAACGGCUUGCAGGACCAUUUCGGCGCACUCGCUGUCCCGGAUGUCCGUGCACGAGUACACCGAACUGCAGCGGCUGAAGUUGGGCGGCGGCGUUGGUGGCGGCUGUGGCAGUGACGUUGGCGCCAUGCGGGUGAUCGUAUACCAGGACAAGGGCACGCAGACGGUACCGGAAGAGCUAACGCACGAAAUGUUGCAGAACCUGCGCGACAAGCUGGACGACCCGGACGACUAUGCUGAGGCGCGAGGCAUAAUCGAACACCUGUACGACCUGAUCCGGGUGGAGGAGACUUGCUGCGGCGACAGCGGCGUCGGCGGCGGCUGGUACUCGGCCGGCGGAGGGGGGCUGGACGACAUGACGUCCACGGUGACGACCAAAGCGGUGGCCGCGGGCGACGGACGGCCACGGGACGUCAAGUCGGUGGGCACGGGCGCGCCGUCGCUGGAUAGACUCCGGACGCCCAGGAUCAAGAUGGCCGGGGCGGGGGCGUCCACCGACGUGGCGGUUCACCACGCUCGCCGGCCACAGCCGCCGCCGUCUCCGUCGCCGUCGGUCAACAGCGAUUACGUGGACCCGGUGGACUUGUUGUACGGCGGCGCAGGAAAUGUGCGCGACGAUGAAUCGUACACGGACAUCUACUGCGAGCUGACCGACCUACGAUCGACCACCGAAGACCGUCCGCCACCCCAACCGCCGCAGCAACCGCCGCCGGUACCCGACAAACCUACGUUCGUCUGAAGGUUCUCCACUGCUGCCAAUCACAUCCUCGUCGGCUUUCGGCUACAACCCUAUACUAUUCCUAUCGAUCGAUUUCGCCGUCGUCAAUCGUUUCUCGUUUUUGUUUGGACGAUUUACAUACGAUAACGUUAUUUUAUAUUAUCGAUCAUAAAUGUUUUAUUAUUUUUAUAUUUCUAACCUGAGAAACUCCGCACAGUAGCGCCGCAAGCCAUCUGGCGAGCUAUAUUUGAAAGAGGUACACGCGCCGAAAAACGCGUUAUUUUGUACAUACCUAUUAUUAUUAAUAUUAUUGUCAUUAUUAUUAUUGCUAUUAUUAUUAUUAUUACUAUUAUAGUGUGUCCUCAGCUUAUACCGCGUGUCCUCGAAAACAGGAUUACGCUGUAUAAUUAUAUUACUCACAUUACUCGGUGUACUUUAAACAUUCUGUUUUGAAUUCUGUUUUCGGGACAUGAAACUAGACUGUCUGAUCAUCAAUCCCCCGCAGACGGAAUUCCAAAAUAUGUAUAGGGCACUGAGUGAUUUAGGUAACUGAAUGUGCACAGUUUUCGAGGACACACGGUAUAUAAUAUAUAUAAUCUGUUUAUGAUUUACGAUUACAUCACGAUAUUCUAUGUGAUGCUUAUUAUUCUAUCCUGUUUUAGUUUUUUUUGUAUUGUUGUUUUUACGUGUCAUGUAAAUAUACUGAAUGAUUGUUUUAUCGUGAAUCGUGCAAUAUAAUAUAUCAGAAAACUUGAGGAAUUCAAUAUUUUUUUUUCACAUUUUCAUAAGAACUACUAUAUAAUAUAGGAAAUCAUAGACAAAUUUAAAAUAGUGUCGUUCUUAAACGUUUAAAAAAAAAAAAAUGUUUAAAAUUCCUCAGCCCCCACCCCCCCUAACAAACAUCACAGACCACAAUAUUACCCAGUCCACGAUAAAAAAAAAAAUUCAUUCAGAAUAUAAUUAUAUAAUAUAUAAUACAUAUAUAUAUUUAUAUAUACACAUUUAUUAUUUAAAUAAUAUUAUUAUAUUAUUAUAUUGUUAUAUAAAUAAUAAAUGGGUACCUACAUUAAAAUAUUUAAUACACACAAUACUUACAAACGAUAUAUUAUAAUUUUAAAGAUAAAAACGAAAUAUUAUAAAAUGUAUAAAACGAUGAUUGUGAUUUAUUUUUAAUGAAAAUACAAAAAAUUAUGAAAAAUGA